CCCCGGUCAUCAUGUUAAGUUGAUAUUGAAGGUGGCAAGAGUCGAGCUUUGAGCUCGCAUAAUCACGUGACCCACCUCAUACCUUUCGAUUUCUUCUCCGCAUUCAGCUACUAGGCCAUGAGGUCUAAGAUGCAAGAUAGUCUCUGCAUGGUGCAUUGCCGUUAUGGUAGUCUCAGGGCCCCAAAAGCUAGGCAAAUCGAUAUAAUUGCCAAGGAUUCCAAAUAGAAAUGUAGUGUACCAAGCUACGGUUGAUGAACCUCGGCUGUGAUAGUCGGUCUAUCUACGUCCAGACCCAUCAGAGGAACAGUUGUAAAUUUCUCAGAAACCAACAUUCCAAAAUGUCUACCUCCAGCUCGCGCAGUGCGGCCUUACCAUCGCCUCCCUUUAUCCAGGUAGAAGGUCUGCCUAAUCUGCGGGAUCUGGGCGGGUAUCCCGUGCCUGGCUGCAAGAAUUCCAUCCGCCGCGGGGUAAUUUAUCGCGCUGGUGCUCCCAGCAGCCGGAUCGACGAGGAGGGAUGGACAACGAUUAAGUCGCUGGGAAUCACCCAUGUCUAUGACUUACGAUCGAAUCCUGAGAUUGAGAAGGCUGAGGCGGCUGGUAGGGGUGGUGUAGUUGAGUUUGAGGGUAGUAAGAGGGUGUUUGCGCCGGUAUUUACAGACGUCGAUUACAGCCCCCAAAACCUCAUGGUUCGGUUCAAGAAUUACCAGAGCGGGAGUCCCGAGGGAUUCACUGCGGCAUAUGGGGAUAUUCUCAAAAAUGCCCCGCAGUCAUACACGCAAAUUCUACGCCACAUCGCACAGUGGCCGACGUCGCCGCUGCUACUCCACUGUACAGCUGGGAAAGACAGGACUGGCGUCCUCUGCGCGCUGAUUCUCUCCCUCUGCGGUACCGACGACGAGACCGUUGCGCGUGAGUAUUCCCUGACGGAAGUCGGGCUAGCUCAUUGGAGAGAGGAGGUCAUCGCUGGCCUCAUGGCGUCGCACACAAUGCCUUCUGAUAGGACUGGCGCGUUGAAUAUGCUUAGUGCAAGGUCUGAGAAUAUGAUGGCAACGCUGGAGAUGAUCCGGGAGAGGUAUGGUGGGGCUGAAGGGUAUAUCCGUGAGCAGUGCGGGCUGAGCGACGAGGAGAUCGCGCAGAUCAGGUCGAGCUUGGUGGUGGCGGGAGCUCCUGUCCAUCAACUGUGAGGGCUGGAAGAAGAGCGUUGGUGAUAGAUAUGGAUCAAAGUGAGUGACAUGGAUAUAUCAAAGAGCAUAUGUUGUAGGUAGAUAAAGCACUAGAGUGCGAACAAAUACCAAGGCACAGCUGAUGCAGCCUUCUUGCUCUUAAAACAGAGAAUAGAU